AUGGAUACAGAACAUAUGCUAAGUUUUAUAGACUGCAUGACGGAUAAGGAUGUGGAUCAGUACAUUAGGCAGAAUACUGUUUGGUCGAAAUUGCCGCAAGAAAUUCGAAUUGUUUUGGGCAACUCACAGAGAGAAUAUGAUAAACUCGUACUCGAAUAUUCAAUCAAAAAUCAGUUGAGGUAUAAGGGUAACAUAGUGAAAUACGUAAAGAAAAGUGAGGAGACUUACUAUGAUAUUCUUCUGAAAUACAGCGAAACUCAUCUUAUGCUUUAUCCGUACCAUCUGUCGAAUAUCGUUGUGCGUGAACUUCGAAUGACGCCAUUUAGUUAUUACAUCAACAUCAUGACGAAUCUUAUGAAUGCCGAGAAAAGUUAUGAUUCGUUGCCAAAUUUUACGGCUGCCGAUGCGAUGAGACUGUUGGGGAUUGGCAGAAAUCAGUACAUUGAGUUAAUGAAUCAAAACCGUUGUAAUCGAAAAAUAUUUCGAAAAAGUAAAUCACUGCGGGAACUAUUACCAGUAAAACCUGUUGCAAUUAAUAUUGAUCCUUGGUGGUUGGUCGCACCGGGCAGCAUUCUGGAAAGUGAUGUUAAGUUGCUGAACAGGGAUGAGAAAGAUUUGUUAGAUAUGCUUAUCGAUGAAGGUGCUCAACUGGUUGGUACUCUUGAUGCAAAGCUGGUGCAAAAAACUUUAUAA